AUGGUAAGAGACUGUAAGGGCUUCACCCACUCCAGCAACCUGAUGGUGCACCAGCGUUCCCACACUGGCGAGCACCCCUACACCUGCGCCCAGUGUGGCAAGGGCUUCACCCAGUCUGCUCACCUGCUGUCCCACCAGCGCACCCACACCGGGGAGCGCCCCUACACCUGCAACGAGUGCGGCAAGGGCUUCACCCGGACCGGCAGCCUGCUGGUGCACCAGCGCUCCCACACCGGCGAGCGGCCCUGCGCCCAGUGCGGCAAGGGCUUCACCUCCUCCAGCAGCCUGCUGUCCCACCAGCGCACACACACCGGCGAGUGCCCCUACACCUGUGCCCAGUGUGGCAAGGGCUUCACCACCUCCACCCAGCUGCUGUACCACCAGAGGGUGCACGCCGGCGACCAUCCCGUCCCCAGCCCGGUGUGUGGAGAGCUUUUUGCCAGGGUCUCCCACGCUAUAUCUCACCAGCGCGUGCAGACCAGUGGCCAGCCCUAUGACAGCAUGCAGCCGAAGCCUCAGAGCUCCGAAGUCGCCACCACGGCGCUACACGAUCCGAAGUCGGCCAGCUGCGCGAUGUCGAUGGAGGACCACAUGACGGGGCACAACAAGGAUAAGCGUUAUGAGUGUGACGUGUGUGGCAAGGCCUGGCAGACCCCGGGCCGGCUGGAGACCCACCGCCGGGUGCACACGGGAGAACGCCCCUUCGACUGCUCGGAGUGUGGCAAGAGCUUCAAUUGCUAUGACAACCUGCAGCAGCACAACCGCGUGCACUCCGACGAGAGGCCCUACACCUGCUCCGACUGCGGCAAAGGCUUCAAGUCGUCCACGCGCCUGAAGGAGCACAUGCGUGUGCACACCGGGGAGCGGCCCUACACCUGCAGCGACUGCGGCAAGGGCUUCACCCGCUCCAGCAACCUGCUGGUGCACCAGCACACCCACACCGGUGAGCGCCCCUACACUUGCGCCCAGUGCGGCAAGGGCUUCACCCAGUCCAGUCACCUGCUGGUGCACCACCGCACCCACACCGACGAGCGCCCCUACACCUGCGCCCAGUGCGGCAACGGCUUCACCCAGUCCGCCAGCCUGCUGUCCCACCAGCGUACCCACACCGGCGAGCGCCCCUACACCUGUGCCCAGUGCGGCAAGGGCUUCACCCGCUCCACCAGCCUGCUGUCCCACCAGCGCAUCCACACUGGCGAGCGCCCCUUCACCUGCGCCCAGUGCGGCAAGGGCUUCACCCAGUCCAGUUACCUGCUGGGGCACCAGCGCACCCACACUGGUGAGUGCCCCUACACCUGCGCCCAGUGCGGCAAGGGCUUCACCAGCUCCACCAGACUGCUGUCCCACCAGCGGGUGCAUGCCGGUGACUAUCCCUUCCCGAGCCCGGUAUGUGGAGAGCGCUUUACCAUGGCCUCCCAUGCCCUGGCUCACCAGCACGUGCACACCAGUGGCUAGCCCUACGACUGCCCAUACUGCGGUGAGGCGUUUGACAGCUCGCGGGAGUUGCGGCACCACAGGCGGGUCUACGCCGGCGAGCGGCUGCUCCCACUGCAGCAAGCAUUUUAAGAGCGCACGGGGGCUGUGGGAGCAGCAGCGGAAACACACCAGAGAGAGACCCUUUGUGUGCGCUGAAUGUGGCAAGGGUUUCAUCUGCAUGUGCAGCCUGUGCGUUCCCACAGUGGUGUGCAUCCCUUCCCCUGCCCGUCCUGUGGUAAGAGCUU